CACUACUGUAACUUCCUCGUUUAGUUUCAACCGAACCCCCGUGAUUGUCGUUUACAAAUUUCAAGUUUAACUGAAGAGUUUUUGUGUAAUUCUAGGCAGUGAUGUUUUGGUUGAGAAUAUUAAUUUCAAGCUUAUUAAUUGUCCAUUCGUUGGCGAAAAUCCAUGAUUGCAAUCAUUUUCUGAACGGCGUUUACAACAUACGGCAAUGUGCAUUCAACAACAUAAGUGUAGCACAUGAUGCUGAAGAAGUUGUGUUUCGUUCGGAAUAUCCUCGGCCGUAUUUUUUCGAAUUUCAUGACUCCAAGCUAACGGAAAUCCCGCGAAUAAUGUUCACAUCGUUUCCGGAAAUGCAAAACUUGGAGGUGACCCAGUGCGGCAUCGAGAAUAUCAAUAAGUACACCUUUGAGCACGCAAAGGAGCUGCGAUAUUUGAAUCUAUCCAGUAACAGAUUGACGGUGCUGAACAAUUUCAUCUUUAAAGGAUGUGACAAAUUGUUGAGAUUGGAUAUUUCACAGAAUCAGAUAACGGAAAUCAAAGAAAAAGCAUUGUAUGAUGCUGUGAAAGUCGAUCAUUUGAACCUAUCGGGGAAUUUGCUAUCAGAUCUAGAUGAAAAUUUGUUCUCAAAGUUGGGAUUGCUAGCUUAUUUGUCCCUUGCAAACAAUCAAAUAUCAGUUCUUCAUGAUAACCUGUUGAGUAACUGUACAUCAUUGGCGUUUCUCGAUCUUAAAGGAAAUAAAAUUACCAGCUUGAGUGAUAUCUUUUUGAGUAGCCUGACUCACUUGAAAACUUUAUCUAUGGAUAGCAAUCGGCUUACAGCGUUGAAAAUUCCACAACAGCUUACUAAAUUUACAGCGUCCAACAAUUUUCUUUUGUCAAUAUUCAUGGAUGAUCCAACGAACUCACAGCUUUAUACGCUCAACCUUUCAAACAAUAAGCUCAGAAGUAUUGAAAACAUAACAGUAUUGCAAACUAUUGCUAUAUUAGACGUCUCAUUCAAUCCGAUCGGACCGUUAAAACUUACUUCGUUCCUUAAACUGAAACAGUUAACGGAUCUGAACUUAGAAAACACAAAAAUAGCAACACUUGAGCAUGGAAUUCUAGCCCAACAAUCCAAGCUUAGACGUUUAGAUAUUUCUUACAAUAACUUUCGCCAGCUGGACAUUAGUGUUCUUACCUCGACGCCAAACUUGGAAACACUUUAUUUAGAUGGUAACAACCUGAUCGAAAUGAACUACGAGCACAUUCCUGAGCUGUUGCCCAAUUUGACCUAUCUUGGGCUGUUUGCAAAUUCCUGGAACUGUUCCUAUCUGACGACGCUGGUGAGAUUUUGCAACAAGCAUCAAAUUUCGAUCGCCGGCACCAAACCAUACGGAGAAAUGUCCCACCUGACCAAUGUCCAGGGAAUCUACUGUGCCACAUCGGACAAAGAUCGUGUUUAUUUCAACGACAGUCAAGCCAUUCAGCACGUGGACAAAUAUCUUAGCGCCGAUGCUGACCGUCAACUGGAAAUGAUUGCCAGAAGUACGACGUCUACUGAUUUCGAGUACAAAUUAGUGGUGGAACUCCUGGAAAUGAUAAGAUCCGUCAACAGAUCCAGCAACGGGCGCAUGGACGAGAUCAGACAGAUGGCGCUAGGGCUUGGCGAUGGGAAGGCUUGCGUUUCCUCGUUCCAUGCAGCCGGCUAUCAAGUGUUUAUCAUGCUGAUUUUGACGGUCAUUCUGGUGCUGAACGUUGGUUUUCUGCUCUACGUGAAUUACAAUGCAAAUGCUCGGCGGGCAGUCGAUCGAAUGAUUAUUUUCAAACGAGGCGACACAGCAUCCAUUCAGACGCAAAUGGAUGAUUUUUAGCUCGCUUUUAUCGCUAUGUGAUCGAGUAGUUUGUUGUAAUAAAUAAGACACUUUUUAUGA